CACGCAAAACCGAAUGUCAUUGACCGAGUUAUCACACGUAGGGUUUCGUCUAAUGGGAUUGUUGUAUUAAUAAUUGAUUUUAUGUAUUAAUUUGAUUACAAACACACUUAGCACAGUCGCCAAAAUGUGGCUCGAUCAAGCAGACGGCUUUGCGGAAAUAUUCAAGGGCUAUUUACCUUAUUAUUUAUUAGUCGUAUUCCCAAUUUUUAUCAUCAUGUCUCCCGUGAAUCCUGUAGCCGCUUCUCACGAAUUUUCGGUCUAUAGAAUGCAACAAUAUGACCUUCACACUGUUCCACACGGAUGCCGCAGCUCAAGCUUCAAUCUCGAAGGUCGUUCACUCACGUCCUGGAGCACGCCUCGCCACUGCGUCGUCGCUCGGCUCCAGGAUGUCACCAUCGAGCAGUUCAUUGAGAUCAGAAGCAAGGCUGGCGCAUUGGUGCUGCUGUUACCCAAGAAUAACACGAUUUUGACCGAAGAUGAGAAGGAGCACAUCCAUCUCCUUGAAGCUGUGAUGUCACAACAAGAGGUGAACAUACCAGUGUACUUUGCCCAAUGGUCUCCGGAGUUUGAAUACAUCAUCAAGGAUCUGCAGCACAGCUUUAUUACCGAUGAGAAGUCUGGCACUGCGCUAGAAGCUAUGUUUAAUACUGUCUCAUCGAAUGGUUAUCAAAUUGUGGUGUCAGCACCAGCCCCGCACAAGUUGGAGUCGAAACCGGUAUCGCUGCACGGCAGGCUGGUCGGCAGGUCGACUUCCACACAAACCAUCGUCAUCGCGGCGCAUUAUGACGCAUCUAGUCUUGUACCAGAUCUAUCAUUCGGCGCGGACUCGAACGCGUCGGGCGCGGUGGCGCUGCUGGAGCUGGCCCGCGUGUUCUCCCGCCUGUACGCGAGCCCCAGCAUGCGGGGCGCGCCCACGCUGCUGUUCGCGCUGCUGUCCACGGGGCACUCCUUGAACUACUUCGCCGCUAAGAAGUGGCUGGAGGAGCAUUUGGAUACGGCCGACUCUUCUUUGCUGCAGGACGUGUCGCUCGUGCUGUGCCUGGACUCGGUGUCGCUGGGCGGCGCGGCGCUGCACGUGUCGCGGCCGCCGCGCGCGGGCGGCGCCGCGCACUCGCUGCAGGCGCGCCUGCGCGUGCGCGCGCUGCACAAGAAGAUCAACCUCGCCGACGAGCUGCUGGCCUGGCCCCACGAGCGCUUCAGCAUCCGCCGCCUCGCCGCCCUCACGCUCAGCUCGCUGCAGAGUCACAAAUCGCAAUCGCGCAGCUCCCUCCUAGACACGCCCUCGGAAACGGCUAUGCAAACUUUGGUGGAAAACAUCAAGCUGACCGCGCGAGCGCUCGCCUCCCACGUGUACAAUAUCACCGAUGAAACUAACGACGAAGAUGCCGCAUUGUACGACGACGCGUUGAACGUUGACGAAACGUCAGUGUCGACGUGGUAUAAGUGGUUGUCGUCGCAGCCGCGCUCGCCGCACGUGCUCACCACGCAGACUGGAGGUGUAACAGCCGCACUAGAGCGAGCCCUGUCUCGCUACAUGGAGGUAGUGAGUUCGACCCACACGGUGGACAAGCGUGAGCCGGAGUUCACGCUUUACGGACCGACCAAGGCCGUUUUAUAUGUAUAUAGCGUAAAACCAGCAGUAUUCGAUCUCAUUCUAACGCUAGCUAUAGUCGCAUAUCUGUCUCUAGUCUACUUCGCAAUACAAAUGUUCCCGCGUUUUUACACAGAGUAUGCGAAAAUUAUAACGGGCAAAGAAAAAGUUCAUUAAAGCCAAAUGUACACUAUGCGACUAAUGGGCGACCAUUUUUUUUGUUGUUUUUAAUCAGUACAAAAUUAUACUAAAAAUGCAUUUUGGUACAUUAUUAAAACAUAGUCUUUAUUGUAAGUAAUGAAUACCAAAAUAAUUAAUAGUGAUUUUGAGAGUUGGAUUGCGUUCAAAAGUUUGUAAGUGGGAUUGAAAAAGUGUUGAAAUUACAUAAUUGCCUUUGCAUCUAAGCCGCUUAACAGUUAUUGAUAAAACAUUUGCAGGUUGAUAAUAUAAUAUCUUAAAUAUUAUGUUUUGUUUACCGUCCCAAAGUUCCUGCAGAGUUGAACAGGAUAAAUCACAAUUAAACUGUAAUUUUAACAUCAUGUUACUGGAUUUAAAUCUGCAUAUUUAUAUGAAGCACAUAUAUUGUGUUAGUUUCUUUAAAAACAGAUAUUAAAGAGAUAUUUCAUUCUUUUAGUCGUAGAUAAAACAACACUUUCAAAUAAGAAAGUUUGUCAAAGAAAGUUAUUUGCAAUUGC